AUGCCAGUAAGUUUGAGGCCAUACAGGUACAACUACCACCAGAAGGAUGAAUUAGAGAGACAAGUGAAAGAAAUGCUUAUUAGUGGGGUAAUCCAACAUAGUCAAUCACGCUUCUCAUCACCUGCAUUACUAGUGAAGAAGAAAGAUGGUACUUGGAGCCAUUCCAUUGAUGACCACAUUCGCCAACUGAAAGUUGUUCUUGUCACUCUGAUGACUCACUCACUAUUGGCUAAGAGGUCUAAGUAUUCAUUUGGACCGCCACAAGUAGAAUACCUAGUACAUUUAAUCCCUAAGGAGGGAGUAGCUACUGAUCCACAGAAAAUCCAAGCUAUGGUUGAUUGGCCUAGACCUACAACACUCAAAUCGCUUAGGGGGUUCCUUGGUCUCAUUGGUUACUACAGAAGAUAUGUAAAAGGUUAUGGUACCAUUUCCAGACCUCUUACUGAUCUGUUGAAGAAAGAAUCAUUCAAGUGGAAUCCAGAGGCAGAACUAGCAUUUGAGGCACUCAAGAUUGCAAUGUCUUCUACACCAGUGCUACCCCUUCCAGAUAUUACAUAG